AUGUUUAGGUCAGUGGUUAUUGGCGGUAGUCGACUCAAACCUAUGUCUACUCCACAUACAGAAGUGAACUCUGGACAAACUGAAUUAGCACCGAUUAGUACAGUUGGGACUGAUAUGUCAAGUAAUACAUUAUCGAUUGGUGUCCCUCUUCACACUCUUGGUCCCAUUGAAGGGCAAGAUGGACUCAGUUUGACUAGACAAGAAAUAAAUCGACUCAUCUUGGAGUAUUUAGUCGUUGAAGGUUACAAAGAUGUUGCUGAAAAAUUUAGUCGUGAGACGGGAAUUGUAGAGCCUUUAAAUGAGUUGCAAGUUGCAGGUGCAAGUUUGAAUGAUCGUAUGUGGAUUCGUGAAGCAGUUUUGUUAAGGAAAAUCGAAGACGUUAUUGAUACAGUGAAUCGAUUAUGGCCUGAACUCUUUGAUAAAAACCCUUUUAUCUACUUUCAGCUUCGGCAGCUGCAAAUGCUAGAACUUAUUCGGAACAAGCGUUUAGAAGAAGCCCUUAUAUUUGCCCAGUCGUAUUUAGCGGAUCCAGUAGCCAAACGGUUAUCAGAACAUCCUCAAUUAUUGAAUGAAAUGCAAAAUACUAUGGCACUAUUAGCUUUUGAUAAUCCUGCUGAAAGUAUUUAUGGCAAGCUGCUUAGUCCUCAACACGCUGAAGUGGUUGCAGGAGCACUAAAUCGAGCUAUACUUCGACAUAUCGAAUCAUCAGGAGAUGAAAUCGAUACAUCAGAAGAGGGUAAAGGCUCUGUGACUGCGAACUCUAUGGGUUAUUCCGGUGUCUCAUCCACUGUACCACGAUUGACAAAAAUGAUGGCGCUGCUACUACAUUUCCGUGAUUUAUCACAGCUUGAACUUCCACCAGAAUUAGCCUCAUUAUAG